AUGGAUACUAAUCCUAAUCAGUCUGACAAAAACCAAAUAGCAGAAUAAGAGAUAAGCUCCCUUGCUGAUACAGAAGUAAAAGAAACAAAUGAAGUCCAACCAUUGGAGAACUAAGAAAUAAAUUUCUAAGGAUUUGGAGAAUUGAAAAUUCUUCCCACUUAAGAUCAGCAUUCAGCAUAUAAGUUCGAUUUAGCAAUCAAGUUUGCUAAGUAUAUCACAUUUAGAGUUGGCACAGGUAAUCCAGAUGAUGCUUCAACAGAUCUAGAGAUAUCACUCUUGAGUUUAGUCCUGAAGGGUUCUCCAUACAGAAUUCAUUAAAUUAUCUAAUUACUCGAUGAAUAAUCAACUCUUGAAUCAAAUGCACCAUUAAUGCAAGCAACAUCAAUAAUCCUAGCUAGAAUUGACAAACCAGAAUCGAUGUUCAUCGAUCUAGGAGCAUCUUCAAAUCAGAAAGAAUUUUUCUUCGACAUUCAAUUUAAAGACCGUCUAAUAGUAAAUCUCUAGUUAAAGUAGGAGAAAAUCUUAGAAAUGAUUUAGAACUCCACUGAAAAUGCGAUCACAUCAUUAUUAUAGGACUAGAUUUAUCUUGAAAACCUUAGAUCAGAAGUUGACUUACAGUUUAUUACCUUCAAUGCUAUUGAAUUUAAAUCUCCUUGGGUAGUAGUUUAAGAAGUUGCAGAGAAUGAAGCUACUGAGAAUCUCCACUAACAAAAUCUAGCGAGUUCAGAUUAACUCCAACCAGAUGAUUAUUCAAUCGAAGAUUCAAAAUGCGGAGAUCUUGAUCAAAAUAAUUCAGCUAAUGAGUAGAAUGCGAGUAAGGAAUAAACUCUCUAACUAUAGCAAGUUAACCCUGCAAUUGAUUAACACUUGUAAUCUCAAAAGAACUAAUAGUCGUAAAGCUAAGAAAAAUCUUCGAAACCAACCUCUGUUGAAAAAUUUAAGUAGCUUAUUGAGUAAUCUACUUAGGAGGAAAGGAAACAGUAAUAUGAUAUAUUUUUGUAAUAUUUUCAUAAUGUUGGUGGCUUUUAGGAUAUGGACAUAAAUGCUCUAGCAGAGGAAAGUACUAUGGCUUAAUUACAAAGCAACUUCAAUUCUUAAGUACCUAAACAAUCAAAUCGUGAUAAAUCGCAAACUUCUAGAGCUGUAGCUGUUCCUAACAUUAUCUAAAAUGAGUCAAGUAGUUUACAAUCCUAAGAUGAUUAGGAUGCAAUUUAGUAAAAAGAUCAAGAGGAGACCCAGAUUAAUACAAUGAUUUCACAAAAAUAAACAUAAAUUAGGUUACCUGCAGAUUAACUGAAAUAUCAAGAAAACGAGAAGAAAUAGCAAAAGUAUAAUGAGGGUAAGAACACCCCUAUGAAAUUCAACUAGGAUAAUUAAGCACAGGUUGAAGCUUUUAUUGACUCUUAAGACCAACUUGAUGUUGCUACACUUUAUAAACAUAGAAGUUAAAAGAAUUUUUUUUCAUUUGAUAAGAUAAUGGAAGAGAUCCAGAAGCUUGAUAAAGAACUUAGUGAUGCGUAUGAAAUUUAUUACGAUCACUUUAAGCACGGAUUUAAAGAUCAUAUCAUUAAAUUAAGAAAUACUAUUGAUAAUUCAAUAAGGCAUGGUAAAUAAACAGUCGAAAUUAAACCGGACCCUAUGCCUGAAAAUAUUGCUCAUAUUAAGUACAAUACGAUAGCAGUUAAGAAUAAUGAUUUAAGAUUGAAGGAUUUCUAACCCCCCAAUUGGAAACGGUAAUAUGAGAUCUAAUCAGAUAUUCUUCUUAGAAACCAUCAUAAAGAUUCAUAAUUUCUUAAGUACAAUUGGAUUACACUAAAGCUUCCUGUUCAUACAGCUGUAGAAGUUGCAAUUUUAGAGGAGAUGCUUGUUUCUCUCAAUGAUGUUCUGAAAAUGGAGACAGGUUGUUCAACUCAGCAUUAAACUGGCUCACCAUAUUUCUUCUAGGGUAAUUACAGACUUAUGUAUUUUCCUCAUAAGUACCUAACAAAUAGAGAGCAAAGGCAUAAAGUAAGAGAAGUUAGUUUUUCAACUUACUAGACUAAGUCUCCUGGUAAAGUAUUCAAUGAAUUAGUUGUAUUUAAGAGGGAGAAGAGAUAGAAUUACAGAUCUUAUUACUCCUACCUUGAUGAAUUAAUGAGUUGUGCAAAUAUCCUCAUGGAUGGAGUGAUCUAUAAUGACAAGAAAUCCUUCUUAGCCUACUUGUGUUGCUUGAAUCCUAUGCUUAAAGCUCUUGUUCUAAACGACAUUUUAAUAACGCCUGAUAACUUCCCAUUCGUAGAUGUAAUGAAUGUGAUUGUUUUUAAUAGGCAUUUACACAACUACGAGUUCAAUUGUAUAUAUGACUCUGAGUAACUCUCAUCUAAUAUCUCAGGAGAAUUAAUUCAAAGUAUCUACGAUAUCAUAUGCAAAAACAAGGAGACUUUCGAACCCAUCCUAUAGAAAGGCUCCUUAGUAGUUGAAUUCUCAUACACAUUUGCUGGAUUCUAUUUAAAGUAAGUACACUUUGCUGUUUUGAGAACUGAUGCUACUAAUACUCUUUGGAUGCAAUCUUCUAAGACUAGAUCAAUAAUAAUUCCCUAAAUAGCAAUGUCUGGAAGCAGCACUUGCAGAUAUCAGUUCAUUACUGAUGACUUAUUCUUUGAUAAAAUGAAUGCUAAUCGCUAUAAUAUCGACACUUACAGAGUCAGAUUUUACACUUGCCUAAGAUAGUAGAAGUUAAGUAGAUCUUCAUUAGAUGAUUCCCCUAUAGUUUGUCAUUACAAUCUGAGGAAUAGACUUGUUCUACUUUUCUCUAUGUAUUCUUUACUUGAUAUGCCUGAAUUAAUCAAGGGUUUAGACAAAGAGAGUACUCAUGCUCUCAAUUUGACAGAGUUGUUUCUACAAGAUUUUGAAUCAAAUCCUGAUGAUAAUUCUAAACCAAUUCCUAGAGAUGACUCUGAAUCAGAUGAUAAUGAGGAUAAUCUUGAAGAUUAUCGUGAUGAAAUGGUUCUCAAAGCAUAAGAGUAGUUGUUGGAUACAACUCACGGAUUCGGUGCUUAAUAAAGAGAUGCUGACUUGAAGAAAUCACUUUUAGGUAGGAUCAUUAAAUAUCAAGAGGCUAUUUUAAAUGCUUAAGAGUAUUUGAAAAUGUAGACUAAUUGCAGACUGUAAAAUAUUGUACAAUAGCUUAAAUUUCCAUUUACAAAAGAUGUCAAAAUCGAAUAUGGAUUACCAUGGGACUUAUGCUACUGGAUUUCAAAUGACUCAUUCUACGAAAGAGUAAUCUACACUGAAAAUCUUUUAGGGAAUUAAAGUGUGCUAAAGUAUUCAAAAAUUGGCUACCUACAUAGAAGUAAAUGUCCUUUGAAAAUUGAAGUUGUCUAAAAAUUGUUACAGCAAAACUAUGUUAACCCUAGAAGUAAAAGAAAAAGAAGAGGCCUCUAUUCUUCACCAAUUAUCCAUGCUAGUUAAAAGGCUUAAUUGUUGUCUUAUUGGAAUGGAUAUGGCUACUUUAAAGAUGAUACUGCUUAUCUUAAGAAAGUUACUUCAAAAGAUAAAUAAAUUAACAGUAGAGAGAGCUCCAGGACAAGCAAUAAAUCUGGUAGAUAGAGUAAUUAUAGUGCAGCUUCACGUGACUCCGGACACAAUGAUUAAGAAGAAGAAAAAAGGCCUGAUAAAAUGGAAGAUACAGUUGAUGAAAUAUCUACUUUUGAAAAGCAUUUUUUUGUAUAUAUAGAGGACUUUUUAACUCAGUCUGUGGUAUCUAAUAGUGAUGUAGCAAAAAUAAGUCAAGCGGCAUAAGAUUUGAAAGAUGCAAAGAAUAAGGGGUUAAAAAAUAAAAAUUAGAGAAAUUAAUCUAGGAAGGGGUCUAAAGCAUAAUCAUUUCUAGAUUUGAUUAUGAAAGAUUCUACUGAUAAGGGCUUGAAAAGCAUAAAACCUAAUAGUAGUUUGAAUAGUAAUCUCUCACCACUACAAUUCAUUGAGAGCAAAAAGUAUUCUGUGAAUAAUACACCUAAUCUUAUUUAGAAGAAUCUUAAUUUUAGUAAAAAUCUCUAGGCUAAAAACAAUAAUCGUAGCCAUUAGACAUCCGUCAAAUUUAAGCAUAAGGAUUAUGAAUGUGAGGACGAAAGUGAUGUAGAAAUGCAUGAUUAAUGUGUAGGUUAGAGUAGAAAAGCAAGCCCUGAUAGAGAAUAUGAGGAUGAUUAAGAUAGUUAUGAAGAUGAUAAUUAAGAUUAAAUGUAGUAAAUAUAGAGGAGUAGAAAAAGAGAGAGUAAAAUGCGAAGCAAAAUUGUUGCUAAAAUGCAAAGUACCCAAGAUUUGAAAUUUAAGCAAGGUGAAAUGAAACAAAAGAGUACUUCUCAUGUCAGCAAAAAUACUACUCCUAAGUAAAAGGACUAGCCCUUGAAAUCAUCACUCAAGUAGCAGAAAGACUAGAAAUAAUCGAAACAAGAUUACUUUUGA